GAGAGAGGGAAAAUGGCGCACUUCGAAAAGUUGGACGAACAGCAUCCUUACUACGUGAUCGCCGCGGCUCGAAUGUGGCAAAAUCCUGAAACGAAGCCGGUGACCACUGCGAGAUUCUAUUGGAAAUUCGCAGCGUUCAACUUCAUUCAUAAAAGAAUACAGGAGUCCGAUGGAGGUUUCUUCGAAAAUUUCGGCACGUUACUGGCUGAGAAGGUUCGAGCACAGGAAUUGGCCGAAGGACCACUUCCAAAGAAAAAAGACGAGGAUGAGAAAGCGGAAGAGGAAGAAGAAGACAAGCUAAGCUUGGAGGGAAGCAUUGAGGAGCCUGUCGAUGCACUUUUGGAGACUGAUAGCGAUAGAGAUGAAAACGAGUACACCGCGAAUUUCUUGGCUGAGUCUAUGGGCUGGAACAUCGAGGAGCUCUAUGCUGCCCUAGUCUACAUGACCCAGCACCAGAUCGGCUACGACGUUUCCAACGAGUGUGCACAGGAAAGUUUGCUCAACCACCUCCAAAAUGCUUUCAAAGUGGACAACGAGACGCACGAGAAGGUUCUAGAGGAGACAAGGAACAUGGAGCCACCGGAAAUGCACUUGAACGUUGAAGUGAUCGAAGCAAAGGAGCUCGUGUCGAAGGACUCGAAUGGCAAGAGCGAUCCUUUCUGCGCCCUUUACCUCGAAUCAGCCCCUACGAGGAGGUACAACACUGCCGUGAAAACGUUCACACUGAGCCCUGUGUGGGAGGAACACUUCGAAUUACCCCUAGUUGACCCAGAGAAUGACGUACUAUUUUUGGAAGUAUGGGAUUUUGACGCUGCUGAAACAGUUCCUGAGAAGAUGAGUAAGGUGAAGGAUGUUAAGGGUGUGCGAGGAUUGGUGAAACUGGCGAAGGAAAUCGCGGUUACCGCCACGACUGGCAGCCAUGAUAACGAGUUCAUCGGUCGCUGUAGUAUACCUCUGAAGGAUAUUCCAACGACAGGCCACACGAUGUGGUACUCCCUGGAGAAGAAGAACAAAUCGAAGCGCCGUGGAGUGGUGAAACUGAGACUAGCCUUCAGCGCGGAGCACAACGCUCAGGUAGCAGCACAAGAGUACAGACACCUGAUCAGGGUUCUAUUGUUGCACGAAAUCGAAACGGAGAAAAUAGAGAAGUACUGUUGGUGCGGACGAUGGUCAGCGCCAGCGGAAGUUCUUCUUCUCCAGCACAGUGCGCAAAGAGGUCUGCUGGCUAGAAACGUGACAUUGGCCCAAUGGAUAGAAUACGCCAGAAUUCAUCAGGAACAUCCGAUUAACUUCAUCGUGUUCAAUAAAUUAAUAGUGGAUCUCUUGAGGCCCAUGGAGAGUGGCCUGUUCUCAGUGGACGAGAACAGACUUUUCUGGGAUGCAACGAAGAAACUGUUGUAUUCGUGCCUUAAUAGUAUUCGCAAAAUCAGGAGGCUCACUGUUGGAGAUAAGAAUACUAUGACACAGUUAUCCGCGAUUUUGGGGAUACUGUCGUCCAUCUCGUGCCUUAAAGUUCCUGAAGACGUAAUCCUAUUUCCCGCGAGAAUGUAUCCUUGGAUUCCGGAUCCCGAGGAGCACCUUACCGUACUUGACGUUUUGAAAUACACUGCUGAACAGGGUAGCGCAGAAUGGUUCGAUCACAUAUUGAACAACAAUUUCCCAGAAAGUGAAUCCGACGAAGACGCGUUGAAGUAUCAUAUCAAAGUGAUUCAACUGGUUAGGGCGGACUUGCAAAAUGCUAUCGACUACUACGAUAAAUUAUUCAUCAAACGAAUCAACUUCCCUUACGCAAGAUGUUUGUACGUGAUGUACGAGAAGAGGAUCAGCGAUAUGUGCAUGAUCAUCGUGGAAGACAUCUGUGGAAGGUUGAAGAGGAUCGAGGUUGAGAAUGCUGAUGUCGAGUUGAAUCUGGGAACAACGUUGUUUGGGUUGUACCUGGCGUUACAGAGAUACGUUGCUCUGGGACAAGUGCUGUGCGCCGAGGGACAGAUCGAAGGGAUGAAAGUGCAGAGUUACCACGAGUGGUUCAGGGCUGGCGUGGCGCAUUGGCUCGAUAUUGCAGUGUACAAAACGCUGAAACGAAUCGACAGAGCCGUGGAGUUUGAUACGUUACAAGCAGUCGAUAAUACCGUCCAAUACAGCUCGAGUGCCGUGGAUACCUUGACAAUAUUCUAUCAAAUCAAAGUGUUCUGGACACAGCUAGCUUGGCCCGAUGUAGAGGGUUCCUACACUUUCAUUGCCAAAAUUAUCGACGACAUUUGCAAGUGUUCAGUUGCUUACGCAGACAAAAUGGCCAAAAAGGCAGAACUAACUACAGAGUUAGAGCAAUUAUCCGAAAGCAGCGUGUAUGAGAAGAGAUUUUUCGUAUCCACUGCAUGGUGUUUCGCGAUCAACAAUAUCGACUAUAUCAGGACGUCCAUUAGACCCUUGGCUAAUGACUUAGGGCUCCAGAGUAUCGUGGAUGCAUUGGCGGAAAAGAAAACUCAGGAAGACUCUUACAGGUGUCAACAGACUCUUCAGCUGAUCAUCGACAAUGCUACAGACACUGUUAAGAACAAAAUCAUUGAUUUGUUGCAAGUGGUGGCGCACAAAAUGGCCCCUGCUAUGAACAGGUAUCUCAUGGAGGGUGCAGAAUUGAUAGACACGACCAGCAAUUCCAUGGACCGGCUUUUACAAUAUCUAGACAAUAAUUUAACAACUCUGCACGACAAUCUUAACGAAGACAACUUCGAGAGAGUCUUGCUUGUUACUUGGGACAUAAUAUCGGAAUCGUUGUACCAGUUGGUGCACAGCAAUUUAGAGAAAAGAAGGCCACCCUCGUUUUACUCGAACCUCCAUCGCACUCUGCAUUCCCUCAUUCGAUACUUUAACAUCGGCGCGGACGAAACUUCAAACGUGAAGGUUUUGGAAAAAAUCGAGCAUCUUCUGGUACUUCACGGUCUAGAGACAGCCGAACUGAUACAUCGUUAUCACGAGGAACGAAUCAAGGAGCAAAAUGUGUUGGAGGAUUCGGAAUACGGACAGAUCACUGUGAGGGCGCAGUUCGUCGACAAUUCUUUGAACAUUCAGAUCUUGAACGCGAGGAAGCUACGUCCAGUUGACAGUAAUGGCGAUUUGGUAGGCAAGGUGUCUACUCUGAAACGCAAGCUUCAUACAAAAUCUAAACAAAGACUGAAAGAAUGGAAGACAAGCAGCUGUGACUCGUACGUGAAGGUGAGGCUACUGCCAGAGGAAAAAUUCGCGGACGUGAAAUUGCCUAAGACUCACGUGCAAAAAGAAAACCUGUAUCCUCUGUACGAUGAAAUUUUCAACAUUCCUCUAACCAGCGAGCAAAGGGCGACCGAAAACGCGAUCAUAGCUUUCGAGCUGAAGGACAAGGACUUUCUCAGAUCGAGAUUCAUGGCGGAAGCUUUCCUGUCGUUCAAAGAAAUCCCUGAGACGGGAUCGGAUCGAGGAAUCGAGUCUCUCGAUCAGAUUCAUCUGAAUCUUUCACGUCCAACGAAGAAAAGUACGGACAUAAUUCAAGCGUUAGAACACAGAAAGGGAGACAUCCAGGCGACAGAUUUCCUAUCGAGACUUAGUUCUAAGGCUGAACGGAAGUAAUCGUCGUCGUUUGUUGAACAAAGGAACGACGAUCGAAAUUAUGCACAACGGAACAACGAAGUUCUGAGUAUCGAACAUGGGUGCUACUAUAAAUAAGAAUGACGAUAUUAUUAAUUUAAAUUAUCUACGCGAGAAUUAACUUGAUACGUAAUUCCUCAGAUUCUUCGAGUGUUCUGCAGCAUCAUUGUUUUUUUUUUUAAUUAAUUUAUUUCUAACCAUUUCUCGAGCUAAACUGCAUA